UGGAGUUAUUGCUUGCUCCACGUGCGAGAAGCUUCUAGAGACCCGCUGCGAAGACCAUGGCAGCGGUAGCGGCGAGUACUCGUGCACGGUGUCUGCUUGGCUUCCGCCGCCGUGCGCCGCUGCCGCCUCUCCCUUUCCCUUUCCCUUCCCCGGUCGCACGAGCAGCGACCCGCCGCCGCGGCGUUCGCAUGGCCUCGUCGGAAGCCUCUGCCUCGGCGCCGCCCAGCACCACGAUCGAGGUGCCCGGCGCCGCGGCCCCCGUCCUCGUCGUGGGUGCGCCGGGACUCCCCGAGGCGGACUUCAGGAACGCGGUGGAUUCCUCGCUUUUCAAGCAGUGGCUGAGUAACCUGCAGUCGGAGAAGGGCGUCCUCACCUACGGGAGAUUGAACCUCACGCGAAUCCUCAUCCAGGGGGUUGACAUGUUCGGGAAACGUGUUGGCUUUAUGAAGUUCAAAGCUGACAUCAUUGACGAGGAAACCAAAACCAAGGUUCCAGGAAUCGUCGUUCUUGGCGAGAGCGGGUGGCUUCAUGUUGGACCAGUAAAUAAAUCUACUUUGAGGAGUUGAUGUGAUUACCAGGCCCUGCUGUGGACCUGAUGAAGGAGUCUCCUCGUCCGGAUCCGAGUAGUAGUCGAGGUCCUCGAUCGCAUCCGUAUCGGAGUGUGAUUUGGACAGGGCCGCCUGAUAAACAGUGGUCGCGUCGUGGAGUCCGAACGAGAAUCGACUCUGGUUGUAAUCUAACUCGCACGAUGGCUUAUGCGCCGGCUCUUGCAAGUCAAUCGGACCGGCGGAAGAAGUCGAGUUGUACUCAGACUCGUCCCCCCAGCCUCUGGCUAGGUCUGAAAUUGAAAAUUCACCGAAAUUCUCGAUGAGAUCCUCCAGAGCUUGGCGCUGGAGCUUCAUGGUUUGCUGCUUCUUCUCCGAGGUCGGCGCAAUGUGGCGGUGGAAAUUUCCAGCACCGUCUGCGACGCAAACCCAUGAGCCAAAGACGAACAUCGCGCCUACUUCAAACGCGACGAUUGGCUUGAUGAUGACUUGUGCCAUCAAGUUCACCAGUGGAUUCUCGACGAGAUCCCCUACCUGGCGUGCCAACUGUCGGUGUUUAGACUUGGCAACCUACCGGGGGGUGCCCGAGAUAGUGUUUUGGUUAGUGGGGCUCGUCGAAAUCAAGAACUAGAAGAUAAACAUAGACACACGAUUUAGACAGGUUCGGGCCACUAGAUUGCAUAAUACCCUAUAUCCUAUGUGUUGGUUGGAUUGAAUUGCUUUGGAGAGGGUCCAUGCCUCGCCUCAUAUAGUCGGAGGCAGGGUUACAGGUCGGUUGGUUACAAGAAUACUAGUCGGAUACGACUAGAGGAGUUCUACUCUUAUUACAGAGUACUUUCCUAAUCCUCGACUAGUUCCUAUCUUUCCAUGUAGACUACACCGUCCUACGCCAUGGUCUCCAUGUCAGAUGCAUCUCGGUGUCCGGCCCCAUAUCUAGGACUGUCCAAACCUUUUAGUGGGUCCAUAGAUGUAUGUACGACAAUUUGUGCCUUCAGAAGGGGUGGUAGGAUGUGGGCGGGAUGGCGAGACGGCGGUGUGGCACCGCCCGCCAUGGUGGUAGAGGAGUCUGGUUGGGGAGGGUCAGGGGCAGGGGUGUCGUGGGCACAAUAAUGUUUAGCGGCGGCGGCACUGCGGUCGUGGAUCCAAUGGUGAUGGCAUCGUUGGAUCGUAUUGGGUGGUGGGGGAGCUAGGAUUAAAAGAGGAUGGUGGGGGAGGAGGGGAAAGAGGGCAGCCCUCACGAGUCGGAGGCUAGUGGUGGGGUGGGGGUGGGGUAGGUGCGCGGAGGAAGAAGGGGUUGGUGGCGAGGCUUUUGUCGAUUGGGUGGAAUGGGUGAGAAGAUAAAGAAGUUAAUGGUAGAUGGAUGUGGGGGUCCAUGCUGAAGAUAUAAGAAAUGGGAUGAAUCUGAAUCUGUUUAGAAAGGGUCUUCAUUUACAACUAAGCGGAGACUACUCACAGUUAUCUUCAUAGUAGUAAAUAAACAUAAAGUUCCACGAUGUGGACCCAACAUCUGGUUCUUCUUAAUAUAAAGAUUUGUGGCUCUCCUACCUAUGCCGAAAAAAAGAGAAUUUAAUAGAGCCAUGUGAUAUGCUAUAACGAAUUGAAGCAAGUAAGCAACAACGUAUGCUUGAAAGAUGGGAAACGCCAAGUUGCUAACCAUUAAUCGACUGCUUAAAGAUAGGGUUAGUUGUAGGCCUUGUACACUUUCACCUGAUGAUCGAAGAUGGAUCGAUGUUUGAUGUUUCAAGCUGAGGACAGUCGCAGGGCAACUCUCCUUUGGCAGGACAGGACGUCUGAUCCGGUGAUACGAGUCGAUCGAAGACCAAACUAAUCCACUGGCAACGUGCACGCAUAUGUACAAGUACACGUGUGCCAUGUGUUUGCAUGCAUGCAUUGCAUGGAUACCUCGAGUCCUCGAUCGACACCAUACACCCAUCGACGAUCGAUCGCCUGCCAGAGGAGAGCUGCCUCCUACUGUCUUCAGCUGCUAGUACUGCGCAUCAGAGACUCAUCAGCAGGUGCUUCUUCCUCCCCUCGAUCUCGC